AAUAUGCUUCAAGAAAUGUUUAAAUCGUUGUCUACAAACAAAUAGAAUUUUCACAUUUGGUUUCAAAUGUCAUUGUACGUGCCUGACAGCAUGGGUGUCGUAUCCUAAACUUCGCUUUACAGUGUUGGCUCAUCUAACAGUUUUAUACCGCCUGUUGUCAUUAGCUUGCUACCAGAAAAACAGGUCAUUUUAAAAGCUGAUUGAAAAAUGGAGGAUAGUUUAUUGGAUGAACUCUAUGGUGAUCUUGAUGACGAACCAUCUGGUAUGUCUCAACAUCAUGAUGAGGACUCAAUGGACAUAUACUCUGGGCUGGAGAACAGCCCUAAGGGUAAUGGACACAGAGGUAAAGUCAACCGUUUUCUUUCUCCACGGACAAAGGAAUCAAUGGAUAUUUAUGAAGAAAUCAUUAGGGAAGAACAAGAAGAAAAGGAGGCAACACACAAUGAGUUGAAGCAAAAAUUUGAUGCUGCACAAAACCAGGUUAAAGAACUGCUCUCAAAGUUACAACUGCUGCAGACAAAGAAUUCAAGUUUGAGCACUGAAAACACACUCCUGAAGAAGAACAUCUGUUCUCUUAUCAAGACAGCUAGAAUGGAGAUUGUGCGUAAGGAUGAGGAGAUCAGCAGACUCAGCAAUAGGACCAGUCGAGGAAGUUAUGGUCAAAAUUUUCACAGAUCUCAAAUGGAAAGUGGUCAGACAAAUUCAAGACACAGUUUGAACAAUGCCACCAGUUCUGCUUCAGAAUCUCGAGAUUAUGGUCAAGACAAGGUUAUGAAGGAAGUAAAUCAGCACAAGAGAAACACUGUGCCAGGUCAAUCUGCUUAUCCACCAACAAUUUCAGCUGUAGCACCACAACCUUUUGAGGUAUUCCAGAGGUGCCCAAGAACUGAUCUUGAAAGUCCUGUGCCUUGUCAGAAUAAAAACUCUGACAGUGAGACUCUCACUAUUCAACCACAGCAAGAGAUCAGACAUGUCCAUCCCAACAGAACAUCAGGGAGCAUAAAAGAUCACACCACGUCCACCGCAACAGAUGUUUCAAACUUUUACCAACCAUAUAACUCUGAAAAAAAUUCUGACAAUGGUUUUAGUAGAUUGGAGGUCAAUAAGAACUGUUCUUCAAAACGGGUUGUCAAGCUAGUGGAGCCUCAGAAACACAAAACCCUUGACAAAGAGUGUUACACACUGGUGAUGGAUGCAUCACAGAGAAUAGUGGAUGGAAAUUCAAGAAAGUUGGGAUCAACUGAAAGACAGCUGACAAAAGAUAGCUCGGUGUCUAGUGAAAACAAGAAUCAGCAACCUGAGGUUACAGUCAUUCCUAGAAGUUCAGAACGAUCAAAAAGCCCUUCCUCCCAGGUGCACAAAUCCUUGCCAUCUGAUGUUUCUUCCCAAUUGUCCAAAAGUUCAGUGAAGACAGCUGCAGAUGUGGAGACACAGGAUCAAGAGCACAUGCACAAUCCAGUUCCAGACAGAACUAGCAGAGGAAGGAGACACUCUGGAUGGAGGAGUACAGCUUCUUCUGUGGUGGAUGAUGCUAGUCUUUCCCUAAAACACAAAAUGGAAAAAAGAGAUGCUAGUGGCCAGCAAAGGAGAGAGGAGAAAAGCCAACGGGAGAGUUCCAGUUCAGAGAGGAGGAGCACCAGAACUGAAAGCGGCAGAGAACAUGAGGAAAAGAUGCAAAAAGAGAGGAAAAAACAUCAGGGUAACAGCAGCAGUAGAGAAAGGAGAAGCAAUAGGUCAGACAGCGGCAAAGAUUAUGAGCGAAGGAGUGCAAAGGAGGCAGAAAAUAAAAGUGACAAUAAAAGAUGUAGAGAACGGAGAUAUAGGAAACUAGUUGAUUCCUCAGACAGCAGGCAAGCUAUUUCUUCUACCAAAUGUGAUUCUCAAAAAAAGGAUGUUUGUAAGGGGAGAGCAUCGAGCAGUAUUGAUCAGCCACUGUUAAACAACAAAAAGUCUCAUAGCCAUGAUAAUUCUAGAAAGAUGGAAGAUACUGUAUGUCCUGUUAAAAAUGCAAGUACUGAAAAGGAUUAUGGUAGAGGAAAAGGUGUAGACAAGGACAGAGAACGAAAGAGAAGCAGUCGUGUGGAGCUUAUGGAUGGAAAAUCAAACAAUGUUGUUCCUACCAAAGGUGAUAGAAAGAACCCUUUUUCUGAACUGCACAGUAUUGUCAGAGAAAGUCAACAUAGUAAGAAUGGUCAGGAUAUACAUCCGAAAUCUAUCAGUAGGGGUGUGGGCAAAACAACUGAGGAUAAUAGUGCAAACAGAAAACUGAGUUUCAUGGAAACACUGAACCUCACCUUAUCACCUCUUAAAAAGCAGAAACCACCAUCUGGACCUAUGGAACCUAUUAGAGCAACAUCUGAAGAUGGCUCUACUGAUAAUAGCAGGUUAUGUGACCUUGGAGAGGAAUUCUUUGUUAUAGAGGAGUUAAAGAACAGCCAGCAUAUUGUUGAGGAGAUGGAUAAUGAACCUGAGAUGACAAAUGCAGAUGAACAGCAUGACCUUACCAGUUCUUGCAAACAAUCAGGACAAGUUGAUUAUCUCUUCACAGCUGUGGCCUCUGAAAAGCCAUCAGAAGAAGAAACCAAUAUGGAGGUACAGGAGGAGAAUGCCCUUGAGAGUCAUCAGGCUGUGGAUAAAGAACCAACCAAUUUUACCACCUCAGAGAAGGAAAUAGACAAGGCAUUAGACUUCAUUGCCUCAGACAAAGAUUCCUUUUCAGAAUUAAACCUUGCAAGAGAAUAUCAAAGUAGCAUCUUUCAGAACAGCACAGAAGAUUCUCUGGGAAUUAUAGAUAAUACUGUGGUCUCUAAUACUUUGCCCACUAAAACAUCAGAAUUGACAGUUUCUUAUAAUACUCCUGAUUCAAUACUAGUUGAUGAUCAUCAGCAAAAAGAUCCUUUCUCCACUGUGUCUGAGGAGAUUUCUCAGAUGAAAAUCCAAUGGAAUCCUCAGCCUAAGGCUCAGGAUUUACUCCCUGAACAAAAUGGGAUUUGUAAAGAAGAUGUGUCCUCCUCUGGCAAGAAGCAUUGUAUUCCUGAGAGUAAUGGUAUUCCUGAAAAUAAUUCUGGGAAUUUUGAAAGUUUUGUAACCAUGGAAGUAUCCUCUAGCACCUAUAGUGCCAAUCUUGAUUGCCAAAGUAAAGUUAUUUGUGAUGUUGAAGUGGGUACUUCAACACAGGACAAUCAUAGAGCAGGUGAUACAUUUGAAAGUCUAAAAAGUGUUGAAAUAUCCCAGGCAUCUGAAAGUCUGAAAACAUCUGAAAAAAAGUUACGGGAUUGGGACACUACAGCUCCAAAUGGUACCACUGUCAGAGAGGAGGCAACGUUUUCUGUGCAAGCUGGUUCCUCUGAGCCAGAUUCAACAGAAAACAACGAGCAGAUCUUGAAGCCAUCUAGCCCUGUUGUGUUUGUCCAUGAUGAAGACUCCAUGAUGCUUACCCUGAGGAACAUCAGAGUUAUUCCAAAACCCAUUAGCCCUCUCACAAGCCCAGUCCGUCAGGUGAAAAAAGUAGAGCCUCAUCAUGCUGAGAACCAACCACAUGUCAAGAGUCUUAUCAAAGACCUCUCUGUUGCAACAAGUGGAAGUGAUAAAGAUGAAGUGAAUAUUGACAUGAACAAGGAGAAUGAGUCGCCUGCCUCUUCGGUCACACCUACUUCCCAAAAAGGGACAAAAGAUGGCCUCUCUGCUAAUGAAACAGUGGAAGAAGAGCUGGAGGAUGGUGAGAUUGUGAGUGAGAGUGAAGAAGAGGGACCUCUUUUCAUCCAGACUCCUCCAAGAGAAAAAGACAAAUCAACCUCAGUGACUCAACCAGGUCCUGGGCUAUCUGCAGGUGGAAAAAGAGUGUCCCAAAAGCAAUCUAAGGUCUCUGCAAAAUGUCCUGCACAAACAAAGAGCCCGAAGACUACUGCUUCUGAUGGCAGUUCCACCUCAAGUAAGAGACGCUUUAAAACUGUGAGCCCACCAUUAAAUGCAGCAGUCCAUACCUUAGAUGAAUUUAUGGACAUGUUAGCAACAAUUCGUAUUGAGUUGAGGAAAAAGUACAUGAAGCUUCACAAAAGUGUCACCAAGACCGACUUCUGCUGUAUUGUGGAUAUGUCUCAUGCCUCUUUUACAGAAUUCAUCAAUGCUGUUGACUUGGACAAAUUGGGUUGCCAGGGUAAUGUCAUCAAAGUUAGACUUAAUAAGAUCAUAUCUUCUAUCUUAAAAAAGGUCACCAAAAAUGGCAUUGUCAACCGUAUCUUUGAGCAGAGAGCAGGAGAUCUCAAGCAGAAGCUGUGGAAAUUUGUGAAUGGGCAGUUUGAUUUCUUAUUCAAGGAAUUGAAGACUGCAAUCAAAAGUGGAUAUGAGCCAUUUGUGAAUGCAUGCUUAUCUGAAAAUAAAAGUAAAACUCUUAAGGGAAAAGUGGUAGAAAGUGAGGUGGUUGAAAAAGAGAUGUUUAGUGCCUCUGUUCACAAUGCCAAGAAGGCAAAAGUUGACACUGGAAAUUGUGGCAAAGAGGGCCCUCCAAAUAAUGUUCUCCAUAGGGGCCUUGGUAGCAGGGGUAAAAACAUUAAAGCAAGCAUGGCGGAAGACGAUCAGCUGGGAAAGAUUACAUCACACCAACAUCCCACUUUAUCUUCUCAAAAUUCUGGCCCUGAAAGUACCUCUGGAUCUGAGAAUAAAAUCUCUUCCUAUGUCCAUCGUCUCUCACAUAAUGGAUCAGUACAGGAAAGGUCAGACUUUGAAAUUCUCACAGAGCAGCAAGCAUCAAGCUUAACCUUUAACUUGGUCUCUGACUCUCAAAUGGGAGAGAUAUUCAAGUGUCUGUUGCAAGGUUCUGAUUUGCUUGAUCCCAGCGUUCCAGUAGGGGACAAUCAAAGCUGGCCAGUCAGUACACCCCGAAAGCAAGGACUUCCAGGAGAGAGUUUGAUUGGGAUUAUGACCCCCAACAAAACAACCCCAUCAAAAUUCAUAACAUCCUGGUCUUCCUUUUCCCCCUACAAGUUUGCUUCUAAUGGCAAAAUGUUGGUAGACCCAGCAAUUCUCGAUGAGAACUGCUUGUUAGAAGUCCCAUCUAAUUCCGAACUAUGCCAGGUUCCUUCUCAAUCAUCCAUUAUCUCUCAGAGUUCCUUCUCUAUUUUGGCAGAAGAUCUAGCUGUGUCCCUUACCAUUCCCUCACCUCUGAAGUCAGAUAGUCACUUGAGUUUCUUGCACCCUGGAACUGGUCAGCCACUGUCUGCCCCAAAUAGUGUCCUUAGUGCCCAUUAUAGUGAAGAUGCUCUUCUUGAUGGAGAAGAUGCCACAGAGCAGGACAUCCACCUUUCUUUGGACACGGACAACUCCAGUUGUGGGUCAAGUCCCAGCAGAACUUGGGAGGGCUCUGAUCCAUGCGGUUUCCAGUUCAAACCCAAUUUACCAAUGCAGGCAGUGGUAAUGGAGAGGUCAAAUGAUCAUUUCGUUGUACGAAUAAGACAUACAUCGACUAGCCCAAGCGAAUGUAAUCAAAAUGAAGGCAAAAGAGUGCCAGCAUUAGCUGAAGAUCUAGAAACAUAUUUGAAGCCUAACCUCUGUCUUACUACUCAUGAAGACGUAGGGCCUGCCUCUGGAGAGACCUCAGACAAAAGCCCAGCCACAACUGUGUCAUGUGACAUUUUAGAUAAAGGAGUAGAAGAUCAGACUUCAAGCCGAAAAUCCCCAUCCGAAGGGGUUUGUGAUGACAAUUUGUUUGGUCUAUCCAGCAAAAACAUGCAACAUUUUUCAAAAGAAUCAUGUGUUCCUGAGGGAAGUAGUGCAACAGAGCCCAAAACAACAGAGAAGUUGUCAGGAAAUGCAAUGAGCACCACUCUGAGCCAAAGUGCACAAGAGACAGAAACCGAGAGGGUGUCAAGGAAACGCAAGGGACAUAAUUCGGAGUCAAAGGCAAAGCGUUGCAGAAUUGAGAAAUCCCAAGAUAAACAUCACAAGUCCAAGCAUAAAAAGAGGUCAAAAUCACACAAAGAAAAAGGCUCAAAAACUGCAGUAACUCUGGUGUCCCCUAGCAGCCUGUCAGCUAAGAAUGUAAUAAAGAGGAAAGGGGAAGUGGUUGUGACAUGGACCAGGGAUGAAGACCGGGACAUUCUCAUUGAGCUUAAAAUGAAAGGUGCUUCACCCAAGACUUUUGCUGCUCUGUCAAAGAGGUUAAAGAAGUCAACAGAACAGAUUGAGGAGAGAUUCACCCAGUUGAUGAAGCUGUUUAAGAAGAAAGAGAAAAUGGAGAAUUGAGAAAACCGAGUCGGACACUUUUGCUAAUGCAGAUAUAGACUUCUUAGGAACAAACAUUACAGUAUCUUGUUUGGACAGUAACAAUUUGGACCCCCCCAAUCUAUGUCUGCGAUGUAGUAAUUUAUCUGAUAUAUUGAUAUAGAUGUUGGGGGGGCCUUGGGUAACAUCUAUAUCAAUAUAUCAAAUAAAUUACUACAUCGCAGACAUAGAUUAGCUUUGGUCCUACAUUUCUUAAUUAUAUAAACAGAUACAAGUCAAAGCAUAUGAAGUGAUUGUAAUGUUUUAGGUGGAUAAAAACUUUUAUGAUGCCAUACCAUUUUCAUGUAGUAUAUUUUGGUAAGUUUGUGAUUGCAGUUGCUGUUUUUGGUGGUGCUGAAAAGUUUUAUUAAAUGAAAUGAUCAACAAAAAAGUUUAUUUAAAGAACAUUGUUAACUUGUAUUACAAGUUUUGCAAUGUUCAUAAUGCCUUUUUUAAGACCUACCUCUGAAGAAUACAACAUCUUUUAAAAUGUUGACCUAAAUGGUUAUAAAAAAUAAAUGGAUUUAAAUCAUUUGUAAUGUAAAUGAGGUCGAUGUUGAGACAGAAAACUAUACCAUCUGGAAGUGCCAUUUUCUUUAGUUCGUAGUUGACAGAAUUUGAAUUUACAGUCUUUGUUCCAUCAGUCAUCCUGAGAGAUCCAAUUUGAUAUCCACAUUGGUAACUUAUGAGUAACAUGGCUUUGUUGUUUUAUAGCAGAUGAAGGGAUUGUUCCCUUGUGUGUGUGUGUGUGUAUAUAUAUAUAUAUGUGUAAAUUUGAAUUAAACUGAAAGAUAUUGUUUUGACAAAUUGCAACGUUUAUAUAUAUAUAUGUUUGUUUGUUUGUUUUUGCGCAUUUUCACUGUUUCCCAAACCUUGAUGUGGGAAAAAAUAUCUUGAAUUUCUUUUUGUGUAUGUGUGUAAAUAUUGUAAGU